AUGACCGAGUCACAAAAUCGCCAAAGCAGCACGAGAUCAUCAAGCGCUACACCAACUCGUACACGUGUAGCUCGCGUGGCAUGCAAAGCAUGUCACGCCAGACGGGUCAAGUGUGACGCUGCUGAUGGACAGCCGUGUUGGCAUUGUCGUACACGCGAUGUUACGUGUGAGUUGAUAGAUUCUAAACGUGGAAAAUAUGCGAGACGAAGUACUGCGCAGCGCGUCUCUAGACGGCAGCAGGCGCAAAGUCCAGGUGACCAGCACGAUACUUUGAACGACAGUAUCGCAGUCAUUACACCUCAAAGUAACGAAAAUACACAAUAUCAAGAACAAAGUCAGCCAGUCCUAUCGAAUAUCGCACGGAAUACUGAGCCGGAGUCUCAACAACAGAACUUAUCUAGGAACGACAAAUCAUAUUUUCUGGGCGACUCGAGCAGCUUAUCAUACAUUGUUGAGAUGAUAUGCAGUCCAAGAAGCGGAGUUAGCGAGCCCGUGAAAGUCCAUUAUCCCAUACCAGCAUCGAUAGCAGACCGCGCAAUUAUGCCAACGCGACCCCAGGUGGAACCACUCAGCGUACAAGAUGCACUGACGAUGCCGCCGAAAGAAAUAUCCGACCGUCUCGUAUUCACCUUUUUCGAGAUCAUUCACCCGCCUUAUCCAGUCAUCGAUAGACGGGCAUUUUCAGAACUUUACAGUCAAGGCAAAGCGUCGCCUAUGCUUUUGCACGCGAUGUUCCUUGUCACGUUCAUUCUGUGUGACGAGAGUCUUAUACAGGCUGCUGGAUUUAGUGAUCGGACUGCUGCUCGUAAACACCAUUAUCUUCGUGCAAAAACGUUGUAUGACGUUGACCAUGAGUCUGACCGGAAUGUCCUCACUGCAGCCAUCUUUCUUCUCGGGUUCUGGUGGAAUGGGCCGGAUGAUCAGAAAGAUUCUUGGUUCUGGCUGGGAUGUGCAACGUCUUGCGCGCAGUCCCUGGGCAUGUAUCGUUCGACAGUUGCAUCGAGAUUGAGCCCCGAGAAAAGGGCGUUGCGAAAACGGAUAUGGUGGUCUAUAUACACUCGUGACCGUCAUACUGCCGCAUGCCUCGGCAAGCCAUGCAGGAUCAGGGACGAAGACUGCGACAUAGAACCUCUUACCGAAGAAGACUUCUACUUCGACGAUGACCAUAACGACCCUUUGAUCACCCGACAAAAAGAAUACCAUACGGCUCUUGCUAUCGAGAUGGCCAAGGCUGCGGAAAUCCUCGGAGAUAUCGUAAUCGCAGAGUACAGUCCUCGACGACCUGACUUGGAGCAGUACAAGCCAGAUCGUCUCAAACAGAGACUUGAAGAAUGGGAAGCGCAGUUACCUAAAUGCAUGCAGAGGGCGCAGCUUGAUGAGACACUGGGUCCAGCGUUCUGGGCAACUCAAUUGCACAUGGCGUACCAGAACUACUACAUCCUCCUGUUCAGACCCAAGGCAAUUGAGGACCUCACACCGUCUGAAGCCGAGGGUGAUAUCUGGGCGCGAAGGGCAGCUGACUCCAUCACUCGCAUGACGGAAGAUCUCCUCGCUGUCGGGGCGAUGAACCCCAUCCGACGCCAACUCGCAGGCAACAAAUCACGCCAAUGUAUUCUCGCUCUAAGCGAACUCGCAAAGCACUGGCCUGUUGGCUUAUGGAUUAUGAGGUUCUUCGGAAAUCUGAUGCGAAGACUCACGGGUCAAGGGUCCGCCGUUUCAGCAGGUUCAAUAGUCGACGUGACAUCCCGCAUCGCAAACAGUAACCGUAGUGAAGACUCUACGUUGAAUACCUCGACGGAGGUUAGCAGGGCGACAUCUCAAAUCUUGGCGGAAAAUGGCGGUCCGUUCACUGAUGCGACGAAUGCUCAAGUCGCAGGCGCUGUGAUGGAGACAAAUGAUUUGUUUCAGCAGCCAGCUGAUCAGUUUGGCUUUGAUAACUUUUGGGCUGAGGAUACGAUUGAUGUUGAUCUACUGCUUCAGCACGGUUUAUGUCCACUGCUGCCAGGCAACUUUGGGACUUUCCCACCAGGGACAGAUUCACAAGGCUUUUAG